ACAGUAGGAAGUGUUUCGCUCCUUGGUUUUGGUUUUAACAGUACGUUACCUGCUUUGGGAAAAUUACCGGCCCAGAACUGUGUGGAGCAAGUAAUUGUUGAUGUGAUGUGCAGUCCAGGAUCGGGGGGACCUGGAGAGGAUGCCUCAGUAGAGUAUGUGUACUGCAGAGGUGCAAUCACAGAGCUUCUUAAAUAUGGACCAACAGACCUGCACGCUGACAGCAAAGGCCCAAACCCUCCCAAAAUGCUUAUCCUUGUCAUUCCAGGCAACCCAGGUGUGGUGGGCUUCUACAAGACAUACGUGUGGACACUGUAUCAGACGUUCAUCCGAAGAUAUCCAGUGUGGGCUGUGAGCCAUGCUGGACACUCUAUGCCUCCAGAAACCUAUGAUAUGAUUGAAGAUGCAUCUGUGACUGAGGAGGAGGAUGUUUUUGGGCUAAACGGGCAGAUUGAACACAAGCUGACCUUCCUUCGAAAGCAUGUGCCUCGGGACACCAACCUGCUGCUGAUUGGUCACUCCAUUGGUUGCUAUAUCAUCUUGGAGAUGAUGAAGAGAGACCCAGAGCUAAAGGUUGUGAAGGCGGUCAUGCUCUUCCCCACGAUUGAGCGCAUGGCCUAUAGCCCUCAAGGCAAGGUCAUGACCCCUGUGCUCUGCCGGCUGCGGUACACCUUCUAUUUGCCCAUCUUCCUGCUGUCCCUCCUUCCAGAGAGGCUGAAGGUCAGCAUAGUGCAUCUGGCUUUGAGGAAUUCAUAUGCAGUGGACACCUCCAUCAUCCCAGCCACCGUCAGCCUGAUCAAUGUAGACUGUGCUGCCAAUGGUAUGUACAUGGGAAGCCAAGAAAUGAGACUGGUUGUAGAAAGAGACAACAUAACCAUACGUCAGCACCUCAGUAAGCUUAUUUUUUACUAUGGAGCCACGGACCACUGGUGUCCUGUGCAGUAUUACCGUGAUACCAGAAAAGACUUCCCUGAAGGGGACAUUCGUCUGUGCGAGAGGGGCAUCCGGCAUGCAUUCGUCUUGGAUGCAGGGGAGGAAAUGGCUAACAUGACAGCAGAGUGGAUCUUUGAUGACUUGAGGACGCUCUGAAUACCAGAUUAACAUUUUAUUCCACUUAGCAGCCGAAUAUUCUGAGUUUUGUAAUGUGACCAAUAUUUUAGGACGUAUUACCUAUUUCCAUGGCAAAGCAUCAAGCUUGUCACUAAACACUUAAUAGUCACAAUGGUGAUGUAUGAUUGAUGUAUUGGUGGCAUUUCAUUUUUCAAAUAUUCAUAAACUUGUUAAAUGAUUGUAAAAUAUCUGAUAUUUUGAUUCUCAAAUAUGUGUAAGUAAAUGUAUUUUGUCCCUCAACUAUAUGGUGUAUUGCUUCAGCUAACUUAAAGGGUCUCUAAUUUUUUGGUCUGCUGUCAAGCGGACAUUGUAAUAGUCUGUUUGUGUUUUUAAUGUGAAUAAUUUCUAAACACACAAAUGUGCAGUGGAGUGUGGAGCAGGACACACGUAAAUUAUUUAUUUAUUUUAGUGGAACACUAAUUUUUUAAACUUGACUUAACCAGAGAGUUCACAUAAGAACAAAACUCCUAUAUAUAAAGAUAUUGUCCUCUUGAUGGGGAAUGUAUUUAAUUAUAAUUUAAUUAUAAUUUAAAUGAUUUAAUAUUAUUACUCAAUAAGAUCAGAAAGUUUAAAAAAAAGCGUAUUACAGACUACACAGAGAAUGGCUUAAUUAAAUACUGAACAAAGACAAGAAAGUGCCAAAAAGAAAGUUUUGACAGGAACAAAAGGUUAAGACUGGUGUAUUCUGUCCGUAGAAGUUCAUAUUGUUAAUAAAAACAUUU